AUGUCUGGUCAAGAUUCUUUCUGGGAUCAUUUUUGGUUCGCAAGAUUAUUUUUUCAAUUAUCGGGCAUUCUUCCUAUCAGCGGUGAAUCGUUUUUGUGGAAAAAAUUUCUCACUCAAUUUCUUGCAGUAUUUCCAAUGCUGUAUAGCUUCUUCGUGCUCAUACCUCAAAUAAAUUUCAUACUGUUUCGGAAUUACAACACAGAUGAUUUGCUCGAAGCCAUGCUGAUCAUGACCGCUGUUCUAACUGGGCAAACCAGAUCGAUCUUCGUUACGAUAUAUCGUCACAGAAUCACACGUUUAUUUACGGCCUGCGAGGAAUUGUGGGAUCAAUCCGUUCCUGCAGACCGCCAGCUAAUUUCAACAUGGAUAAGACAGGCUAAAAUCAUCAGUACGAUGUAUUUCUGUGCCGCAAAUUGUCUGGUGACAGUGUUCGUCGUUACUGCGACGCUCCAACAGUUCUCAUUGCCUGAAAAUUCCACAACAAAAUAUUACCCCUUCACACCUCAAGAGGAUUCGACUCCUAGUCCAGAAUAUGAAAUCAAGUACGCUGUUCAAGUGAUUUGCUGUUUCUGCAGCAUGUCGUACAUCGCUGCUUGCGACAUGACUGGGACGAUACUAACUCUGUACCUCUGUGGACAACUCGCUCUAGUCAAAAGGUGGCUCAGAGAUAAUUCGUCGAAAGAAAAAUUUAGCGAAAUGAAAGGAAACAUUAACGAAGGUCUCGAAGAGAGCUUGAAGAAGUGCAUUCGCCGCCAUCAAAUCGUUCUGGAACUUUGUUCCGAACUGGAAAAUGUGAUUCAGUAUAACUAUCUAAUACAAAUCAUCACUGAGAUGUACAUCAUGGCACUUUCCGCGGCAAGCUUCACGAAGAGUUCGGGAUCGUUUCGACAUUUCGCAACAUUCAUUUUGUCCAUCAACGGGCUUUUCCUUUCUUGUUGGCCAUCGGAUACUCUCUCUUACGAAAGCACUGAAAUAGCGCAAGCAAUCUACGAAGUCCCAUGGUAUGAUGGAUCGCCCCGGGUGAAAACUAUGGUUGCAGUUCUGAUGGCAAGAUCUCAGCGUCCUGCGAUACUCACCGCAGGAAAGUUCAUACCAUUAUCCUUGGAGGCAUUUUCUUCCAUAACAUCCAGCGGUAUAUCCUUCUGCAUGCUUCUGCGCAGUUUAUGAAUUGCGGAUCUUGUAUGCAUAAAUUGAAUUCGUACUUGUACAUGUGGUCAAAAUACCUUAACACGAUCGCACUAAGAAAACGAGUUCAU